UGGACUAGAGCUAGUUUGAGAACUCACAGGUUGUUUUUUCGUUCUUACUUUAUAAAUCUGCCUCUGGACACUGUAAUACAUAGUCUGUCUGCUGUGGACCUACCUGCUGUGAUGGGCCGGAUGAACAGCGGGCAGUGUGGGGGUGCCAAGAGCGCAAGAGGAGGUCUGGAAGCAUAGGCCAAGUGGUGAAACAGGGCUGAGACUGCCUCAUGAGUUGGGCCUCUUCUGUGUUUUGGUCCCCACCCCCAUCCUCCCAGCAUCAGUGGGAUGUCCCAGGUGUGUCUCCUCUUGGCCUUGCUCAUGCUCUGCAGCUGCAAAAAGGUCUCCUCUGCUAACUCUCUUGAGCUUGUGAAGGAGCAGUGGAGCAGCUACAAGAACCAGUGCCUUGACCACCUCGGUGCCACGCCCCCUUCAACAGGGCUGGUGUGUAACAGAACCUUUGAUUUGUAUGCGUGCUGGCCCGAUGGACUUCCAGGAACCACUGUAAAUGUCUCCUGCCCAUGGUUCCUGCCAUGGUACCAUAAAGUUCAGGAUGGUCUGGUUUACAGAUUCUGCAGUGAAGAUGGCAAAUGGGCACAGAAGAAUACCAGUGAAUGUGAGGACGACCCUGGUGAGCAGUAUGGCCGCAUCCUCACUCAGUUGCGGAUCAUGUACACAGUGGGUUACUCUCUCUCACUGGGGGCUUUGCUGCUGGCACUGGGAAUUCUCAUCUUCUUCAGGAAGCUCCACUGUAUGAGAAACAACAUCCACAUGAACCUGUUUGCCUCAUUCAUCCUGAGAGCUGUGUCCAUUCUGGUUAAAGAUGCUUUACUGACCCUCACACUGGAUCCCAGAAGCAACAGUGACUCACAGGCACGAAGCUGGGUCAACAUACCGGCUGUGAUGUGGUGUCGUGGUGCCAUGGUGAUGAUGCAGUACAGUGUAAUGGCCAACAACUAUUGGCUUCUGGUGGAAGGCAUCUAUCUUCAUAGCCUCUUAGUCAUCACUGUAUUCAGCGAGAGGAAGUACUUCUACAUUUACCUGGCCAUUGGUUGGGGUGCUCCGCUCAUAUUUGUGUUGCCAUGGAUCACAGUGAAAUACCUGUAUGAGAAUGAAGAGUGCUGGGAGAGGAAUAUUAACAUGGGAUAUUGGUGGAUUAUCCGAUCUCCUAUACUUUUUGCUUAUCUGAUUAACUUCUUCAUAUUUAUCCGUAUUAUUAAAAUCUUAAUGUCUAAACUUAGAGCUCACCAGAUGAGAUACACUGACUACAAGUUCAGACUGGCAAAAUCUACCCUGACUCUCAUUCCCUUGCUUGGGAUUCAUGCCAUCCUCUUCACCUUUGUCAUUGAUGAAUCUGUUCCUAAAGGCUCUGUUCUGCGCCUCGUUCGCCUCUUCUGUGAUCUCCUGUUCAACUCCUUCCAGGGCCUGCUGGUUGCCAUCCUGUACUGCUUUGUCAAUAAAGAGGUGCAGUCGGAGAUGCUGAAAAAGUGGAAGAGGUGGAAACUGGGUAAGGACAUUGAUGAGGAGUACCGCCACACACACAGCCAAACGCCACACGUUAAAAGCGGCAGUAUCGCCACUGGCAAUGUGCCCAACACCGGUGACCCAAAUGUUGACUGGCCUCACUUCAACAAAGCCAACAGCGGCCCGGUUUGCUCCACUGCAGCUGAGGAGAACCGCAAACUCGUUGUCUCCUUUAGCAACGGGACAGGGAAAUGCAGACCUGCCAAAAGCAGGCACACCCUGCACUUCUCUUUGCAAUCGCACAGAGGCGCCACCAGCAGCACUGCCACAGAGGAUGUGUGUCUGGAAGAGCGCGUGAAGUACCGCUCAUAUACUCUGGAAGGAGAGGAAACUAAUGUCUGACUUCCCUGGGACCUCAUCGCAAAAACUCUCACUGAUUGCGCUUCUUGCUUUGGAUCCGUGCUUAUCAUGUGGCAGUUGUAUAGCUUGAGCAGGAAGAGGAUGAGGAAGUAACAAACAGGGAUCAUGAUGUUCACUGAUUCAGAACAUUGCAGGAAAUGCCACUGAGUCCUGCCCAGCUGCAUAUGAGUAUUUAUUGCUUCUGGGAGAUGGAGGAAAAAACACUUAUUGACUUCAGACAUUAGGAAUGAUCAAAUAAAUCAAAACUUUACUGGCGUUCAGUGUGCGUACGUGUGUCUGCCUGUGCACAUAUGGAGGACAGCUAUUUCAACCCUUCUCACAUCUUAUCCGGUGUAACCAUUGUGGGACAUGCUUGUGUCGUGUGUGUUUGCAGCAGUGUGCACUAAUCUGUGGUACAGAAGAACCUCUUGGUGUCAAAGUAUGAUUUUAUUUAAACUUUUGGUUCGAUGGAAAUGAAUGUGAAUUGCACCAUGAGAGACUCUUAAUGUCUGAGUGGUCAGGAAUUGCAAUUUACUGGAGACCUCUCUAUCUUAUCAUGCUGUGAUAGGAGUCAGUGUUUGCUAUGCUGAGGCAGGCACACAGAAUAUGGACUCUUUCACCUUUAGAAGGAACAUGAUACAAAGUUUAACUUAUUCUGGUUUUAACAAGCCAAAGCCAAACAAGAAAAUAAUAAUAUAUCACAGGUUUGUUAUUGACUGCAUAAAGCACGAAAUCCAUAUUUUUAUUCAUCUACUCCAUUUUUAAACAAAUUUUGACUGAAUGUAUAUGGACAGAGGAGUAAUUUGGUUGAACUGAAUUUUAAUUGAAUAUUUAACUGUAUAUAUAUAAUUAGAUGUACACGCUCUAUCCAGAGCCUCUUGGAUUUGUCUGACACCUAACUCAAAUUCCUCAUUUGCCUUCAUUGCCUCAUUGUAAGAUUCAUGCUUACACGGUUACAGUCACCGUCAGCUGCACAAUUUUUCAGGCGUACUUUAAUUUUUAGAAAUAUAAUUUUUGCACAAAAUCUACAGCUUGUACAGAUGUCCAAAGAUUGUUUUAUAUUCCAGGACGGUUUUUAAAGAAAAAGGUUUUGCAUUUCAAAACACAAUGUAUGACUAAGAUUUUUUGUUAAUGCACCACAUUGACAAUGAAAGUUAGAUUGUUGUUAUGCUUUCUAUGUCAAACUUAGUAACGCAGAACAAAAAUUGUGCCCCACCCACCAUAUUUAUUUGUUGCUGGGUUUUUUUGAUACCGUAAAUAAAUGAAGCCAGCAAUGAAACACUGCUUAAAAAAAUUAAGAGAAGAUACAAUCUUCACAGUAUAAUACAAAACCAGUGAAACUUGUGCAAUAUCAAUUUGUCUAGUUGGGAAGCAUACGUUUUAUAGGGCUGUAGCAAUGAUGGUCAUCCUAAUUUAUCCAAAAUUAUUAAAUAAAAACAAUAUUAAACUCCUCUAAAAUGUGUGUUCACUAAGUGUGAACUAUUGCUAACAGGCAUGAUGUACACAUGAAUUUGAAAGCUAUCAGUACCUCUAUUGUAGCAAAGGUAUUUCCAAAAUUAAUUCUUGUUUCAUUGUAGUUCGUGCAAAGAAAGCAGAACCUGACACUGUGUUUUUUUUUUAGAAUAAAUGUGGACAUUUAUUACAGAUAUUUUUAUUA